UUUAAAUUAUUAUUUUAGGCCCAACUGUGCUGACGUCACUUUCAAUUGCUUAAAUCGAAGCUCCCGUCAGUGACACUUUGCUUCUUUCCUCUUCCGAAUGACGACUCUGGCCUUCACUUUUUUCGCAUUCAUGCUCUCAACCGUAAAGAAAAUGUUCACUAGAUAUCUGAACCCAAUCGCCCUUUAUCCGUGGCGCAGCUAUUUCGUUUUCAUCAUCAUCUUAUUGCUUUGGACUCGGAAUAAGGGAUUCAUCGCAUUUGGAGCUAUUGCUGGUGCCGUGUACCCCGUCAGCCGUACUAUAAUAGCAGAGCAAGAGCACCACAAGAAGAUAAUGUCCGAGAUGUUCAAAAAUGUCGGACUGCAGUUCAACGAACUCAGCGCAUAUCUCGACGAUCAGCGCAACACCUUUCAAGUGAAUGACGAAGAAUCGGACGCAUUGCAGCUUUGUUCGUCGACCAUAACUCAGCAAUGUCUUUUGUCGAAACAGAGAGCCGAUGACCUGUACUCUGCGGCCCAAACCUUUAUUGCUGGUGCUUUCCCUCGUUGGUCCGAUUUUGCCCAGAUCGUGAUCGCUCUACGCAAGGAGGACGAGAAGAUACGGGCCAUCGUAGAGAGCUAUUCGGCCUAUAAAGUCACUCUGUCAGCCAUCCCGCCGCAUGAUCAACUGGAAGCUGCUCAGCAGUGGACGGAUGAGAUCAACGCAGCGUAUCCUCCAAUUACCACAGACCCAGUUAAUGGAAAUUCCCUGUAACCAACAUUGACGAGAUGCAGAGUAGAGCACUCGGUUAGAAUAAUUACAGUAGAGCAACACGCAAUGAGAACAUGUAC